AUGUUACUUUUAUACGACAUUGUAGAACUUUUUCGAGGGAAAAAGUGGUCUUACAAAGAUUUGGAAAAUAUGACCUAUGAAGAGUACAGAAAUAUAUUUUUUGAGGACAUACCUUCAGGAAAUGAAUCGGAGGAUGAUCAAAAUGGGUCAGAUGAAGACGUGCAUUUUGCAGCACAAAAGCGGAACAACACCGUACGCGAUGGUCGUGCAGUACUUGCAAUGUCGGUGGGUGAUCCGAACACCAUUCCACAACCUGACGCAUUCUAUCAAGCAGAGGCGCCAGUAACGCACGAUGUCGGAAGGAGAAUCUAA